GCCGUUAGUUUGUAGGGGAGAAACUGUGACCGUCCAUGUCUUGUCUACAAAUUUCAACACGCUGACAAAGUUAUUGACAGCAAUGUCGAGAGAAAACACCACCCGAAGUUUGGACAGUAUAGACCUCGCUGCUUUAAGAGAUCCGGCAGGUAUCUUUGAGUUGGUGGAGGUGGUUGGCAAUGGAACCUACGGUCAAGUGUACAAGGGUCGUCAUGUCAAGACAGGCCAGCUGGCAGCUAUCAAAGUCAUGGAAGUCACAGAGGAGGAAGAAGAGGAGAUAAAGCUGGAGAUCAAUAUGUUGAAGAGUUACUCACACCAUAGAAACAUCGCCACUUAUUAUGGAGCUUUUAUUAAGAAAGGUCUUGCUGGACAGGACCACCAACUCUGGUUGGUGAUGGAGUAUUGUGGAGCUGGCUCUGUAACAGACUUGGUGAAAAAGACCAAGGGAAACUGUCUGAAGGAAGACUGGAUAGCUUACAUCUGCAGAGAGGUGCUCAGGGGUCUUUCCCAUCUUCACUCCCAUCAUGUGAUUCACAGAGACAUUAAGGGACAAAAUGUUUUGCUAACAGAGAAUGCUGAAGUCAAACUGGUUGACUUUGGAGUGUCAGCUCAGCUGGACAAGACCAUUGGUCGAAGGAACACCUUCAUUGGUACUCCCUACUGGAUGGCACCAGAGGUCAUCGCUUGUGAUGAGAACCCUGAUGCCACAUAUGACUACAGGAGUGACCUCUGGUCUUUAGGCAUCACCGCUUUAGAGAUGGCUGAAGGAGCCCCUCCUCUGUGUGACAUGCAUCCAAUGAGAGCAUUGUUUUUAAUUCCACGAAACCCUCCACCCAAACUUAAAUCCAAGAAAUGGUCGAAGCGCUUCUUGUCAUUCGUUGAUAAUUGUCUGGUCAAGAACCAUCUGCAUCGUCCCACCACUGAGGCCCUGCUGAGACACGCCUUCAUCAGAGACCUGGUUAAUGAGAGACAAGUUCGCAUCAUGCUCAAAGACCACCUUGACAGAACCAGGAAGAAGAGGGAGAAAGAGGGUCCAGAGUAUGAGUACAGUGGCAGUGAAGAAGAGGAGGACGAGGUAGCAGAGGAGGAAGGAGAACCCAGCUCCAUAGUGAACGUUCCUGGUGAAUGGACGUUAAGACGGGAGUUUCUUCGUUUACAGACAGAAGAUCGUGAAGGAGGCAGAGAGGGAGGUCACGGAGGAAGUGGGGGUCAUCAAAGACAACAGGCAUUACAGCAGCAAAGGCAGCAGUUGGCUGAGCAGGAACGAUACAAGCAGCAGUUAGUAGCUGACAGACAGAAGAGGAUCCAGCAACAACAUGAGCAACGGCAAAAGUUAGAGGAUCAGCAGAGGCGGCAGCUGACAGACUGUGCCUUUCAGUGGGCAGAGCUUCAAGAAAUCUUGCUUGGGGAGGAGUCUGAUCUCCAUGACAACAGAAUCCUACUGGAUGAGAGACACAGGAGGAGCGAAAGGAGACCGGACCAGGCAGGCAGAAAGCGGAGUGCCGAUGUGUCAGUAAGGCCUCUGGAUACCACAGCAGAGCAGAGAGCCGUGGCUCCAAACCAGCUGCUUCAGAAUAAGGCCCAGCACUCCCAGCCUCAGCUACAGCAGCAAGCCAAGCCUCAGCCUCAGCCUCUGGCCCAGCAUCAGCAGCCCUCAGCAGGCAGAAGAUCCCACCGCACCCUGCCCAAGGAUCAAACCCAGCUCCUGUCGCUGCAGCACGACCACAGACACAGGGAGAGAGAGAGGGAAAGAGAGAGACAGAAGCAGAGAGAAAAGCCUGUGGCAGCUGUCCAGAAACUAACAGCUAAUAGCGGGAACACAGCUGCUACUGCUGCUACUGCUGCUGCUGCCUCUUCCUCGCCCAGCCGCCCUGUAAACAGCCAACGCUCAGUGAUGGACUUUCAGCAAUCAAUCUUAGCUAGGGUGCUUUUGGCUCCUGGUGUUCCCAGCCAGAUGCACCCGAGGCUGGGUUCUGGGAGCAGCUCUAGUCCUUGUACCCCAGCUAUGCAAAGAGCUCAUCUCAACCAGAAUGCCAAUCUGCGCUCUAGUCGAGAUGCCCCUCACAGCAGCUCUAUGUCAGAUAUGGCCAUUUCUCCCGUGUCCCCACUUUUCCCCAUGUCCCCAACUGAUGAGGUCUUCUGGGAUUCAGUUGAUGCACCACCCAAAGUCCCAGAGCGCACAACUUCUAAGUUUUACUGUAGAGAGCUGGUGAUGGGACACAAGAGGGCCGCUUCAAGUGGCAGUCCAGUGUCUGUUGCAGAUAAAAGUGGAAGGUCUGUGUGUCAUGCAGUCUCCUCUACCAGCAGCAACCACCCAGGUUACUUCAAGCUCGAGAGUCCUCUUCCACAGCACCGUCUACAACAGCACAGAACGACGCAAGAAAACAUAACCAGUGGGAAUAUACAAGGUGUAAAAUCCGCUCUUGGCCGGUUUAACAAAGCCACAGAAUACUCCUCUUCCAGUGAUGAGUUCGGUAGCAGUGAUGACGAAGAGAGGAACAGGUCUGGCCUGUCCAAUGGAAAAGGGAAACACUUCAGAGGAAUACCUGAUGGCAUUGUCCUGCAACCUCACCACAAUCUUAACCAGAUUUCUCAGAUUGGAUCAGACGAUACCUACCUGCUGCCAGACCUUCUGCAGAAAACCUCUUCCUCCAGUCCUAACCGUAAUGCACUGGGCCAACAGCAGCAAACACAUGAACUCAGCUACUCGCAGUCGCCCACAGCCCCUCGAUGCCCCACACAUCAAGAACUACACAUGAAUAUGGCUGUCAGCAGCCCCACUGGUAAAAACACCUCCUCAUCUUCCUCUUCCUCCUUCCUGUCCUUCAUCGAUCCAAGAUUGAUCCCCAUGUCAUCACCACCACAGAGCCCUUCGGGUAGUAAGGGUGAGCAAGUCAAGAGAGAGAACCACAGGAAGGGCUCUGUGGUGAAUGUGAACCCAACUAACAUUCGACCACAGAGCGACAGUCCAGAGAUUCGCAAGUACAAGAAGAAAUUCAACACUGAGGUUCUCUGUGCUGGACUAUGGGGUGUGAAUCUGUUGGUGGGGACAGAGAAUGGUCUGUGGCUGUUGGACCGGAGUGGUCAGGGGAAAGUCUACUCUCUCAUCAGCAGACGAAGGUUUCAGCAGAUGGAUGUGCUGGAAGGACUCAAUGUACUCAUCACUAUAUCAGGUAAAAAGAACAAACUCCGUCUGUACUACCUGUCCUGGUUAAGGAAUAAAAUCCUCCAUAAUGAUCCAGAGGUGGAGAAGAGACAGGGUUGGACAUCAGUAGGUGACCUGGAGGGCUGUGUACACUAUAAAGUGGUGCGUUAUGAAAAGAUAAAGUUCUUAGUGAUUGCUUUGAAGAAUGCUGUGGAAGUGUACGCCUGGGCCCCAAAACCCUACCACAAAUUCAUGGCCUUCAAGUCGUUCAGGUCUCUGCCUCAAAAACCACUUUCCGUUGACCUGACAGUGGAGGAAGGUCAAAGGUUAAAGGUCAUUUAUGGCUCCUUGUCUGGUUUCCAUGCCAUUGAUGUAGACUCUGGAACACCAUAUGACCUCUACCUGCCAACACAUAUCCAGGGUUGCAUCCGUCCCCAUGCCAUCAUCAUUUUGCCAAACAGCGCUGGAACAGAGGUUCUGGUUUGCUACGAAGAUGAGGGCGUCUACAUUGACACCUACGGCCGCAUCACCAAGGAUACAGUGCUGCAGUGGGGAGAGAUGCCUGCAUCGGUCGCCUACCUUCAGUCUAACCAGGUGAUGGGUUGGGGAGAAAAGGCCAUUGAACUGAGGUCUGCCAACACAGGAAACCUGGAGGGAGUUUUUAUGCACAAAAAGGCUCAAAAACUCAAGUUUCUCUGUGAAAGGAAUGACAAGGUGUUCUUCGCCUCAGUGCAGUCAGGAGGCAGCAGUCAGAUUUACUUCAUGACUCUUGGACAGAACUCGCUGUUCAGCUGGUAAUGACUGGACCUGUGAACUCUGGGAUCAACUGGUGAUGUUUGCUUUCAUCAUUUGGGUUCGUCUCGUUAUGCCUUUUUAAAUCUGUGCCGACCAAGGUUGAUCUCCAUGGCUAGUGAACACCAUGCGAGAGUCAAUGCUCCUGGAUCCAUUACUCUUGUCUAGUUUCCAUGUAAAUGUGCAUGGAUCGACAGUUGGGUUGAUCAUGACUCCAGCUGCAGCAAAAAUGCUUGAAUCCAUCACUCUGACCUUGACUACUGAAGCCUGGAACACUGCUCCUUCAGCUGCAGCACAAAAAUCUGGACCUAAUAUUCAACGAAAAAGAGUAAAAGUUCACUGCCACCUCACUCGUCCAUGAAAGACUUAAAAGGUACACCUAGCGAUCUUUUUCACAUGCCUAAUAUCCAUAAGUACCUGGAGCUCUUUCCCAGGCUGCAGUGUGCCAAGAACUAAUUUUAGGUUCUGUUUUAUCAAAAUCCACCUGGAAUCAAAACUGAUGGCUUGCUUCGGUUGAUUGUGCUGUGAUUCCUAAUAGACACCAGAUCAUUGGUCAACAUCUGGCCUCAAGAUAUCUGUACUCAACUGUCAGCUUUGGAGACCACAGCAGUCCGUUCAGUUUGCUCCAUAUUCAGCUCAUCUCUCUUUUUUUUUUUUUUCUUUUUUUUUCUUUUUCUAAAUGACUCCAUUGUAUGUUACUCAGCUAAUUAUGUGCAUAGCAGUUAUUCAUUCAUAUUUGUUUGCCUGGCUGGGGCGUAUUACUGGAUCAACUGCUUCCUUUUCAUCUAGACGAGAAGAGUAAUGUUUUCUUCCCUGGUGUAUUAACUGUAGUCUCAUCCGUCGCCAUGCAAGCAGCAACUGUGUGAAAAGGAGUGAAAACUAGAAGUACAGAGCUGUUCAUCGACCUCAUUCCCUUCAAGGACAUAAUCUGGACAUUUCAAAGACUGGGUUGGGGCAAAAAUGUGGACUAAGUAGGACAUCAACUGUAUGUCUUUCCUCAUUUUGUUGCUAUUGCUUGAAAGAAGAGUUUUCUUUUUCUUUUUUUGUCGAAGGUGACAGUUUUUCUGGGUGACAGUGAGUCAGUAUAACACCCUGUCAUCAUAGAUCCAAUCAGUUACGUUUAACUGUAUCCGUAGCUUGCAUUAGACUGUCCAUGCAAACCAUAUAAGGCCAAAUUUCAGGAUUAAGAUGUACAACACCAUUGCAAAGACAUAGUUCUCUUGGACUAUUUAUCAGGUCAUUCUCUUCGUAAUUAUGAGCAGUAGGUCGACUUCCCUCUCUGCUUAGCCUGGAAACAGUUGCCAGUUAAGCUUUUGGGAUGGCUUGGGACCUGUCCUCUUAGAUCCCAGUUUCAGCAUUCAAUCUAUCACUGAUCUGGACCAUUUUAUUUCAGUCAUAUUAAUAUAUAAUGAGGACCUCAAGAGGCUUUUACUUCACUGUAGGAGCCACAAUUCUGAUGUACAGUAUAAAGGGUGUACACAAGUAGAGAUACAAAACAAAUCCACUUUAACAGGCAAUGAAUGCUUUUCUGUUUUCUUGCAUCUAUUUUGUACAGCUUAGGAUGUAUAUAAUCUUGUAAGAAGCGCCAUUUUCUAAAUAUUGUAUAAAUGACAAGCCAUCUUUAUGUAUGUGUACAGUAUUAUAGGCUUAUGAAUGUGAAAUUCUAUCCCAAAACAGAGUUUAUACAUGUUAGCAAGAUCUUAAAAAGUUUGUGAAUAUGGACAUGAGCUACUGACAGUGACCUUGAAGGCUCAUGUUCAGGUUUCCCAGCCUGGCUGAAGUUUUCAAGAUCAAAACAUGUAUCAUGGGAAUUCUGUUUUGUGGUUGAUUUUCUUCUAACAUGUGUAAGUCAGGCUCUUUGCACAAUGACCACCUUGUACAUGUGUUCUGUAAUAUAUCAUACUUUGAAAAUGAUUUUUAUGUUUCAAAGUGGGAAACUUUUGAAGCCAUUUUGCAGUCAGUAUUGAAGAGAUUAUUGCGAGCCUUUGGCUUUAGAUCUGUUUCUUACACUACCCAACAUGGGACGCACACUUAUUUUUGAUGGGUCACCUUGAAAAAUUAUUGUUUUUUGUUGACCCCGGAUCGGAAGAGAUGCAAUUAGCUGGGCUAAAAAAGUGAAAAUGCCCUGUUGUGUGAUAUGUAGUCUGUUUUUCUUCCUAUGUUUUGUCAUUUAUACAAUGAGCUUCAAAGCAAGAAACCAAAGAUCAAGGCUUUGAUAUCUUGGCUUCUUUGAAUCUAAAUGUGUGAGAUACUUCACAAAUCAUAACUGACCAUUUGUUCUCACAUCCGAAUAGUGUUGGAAAGAUAAAAGGUUGACAAAAAUCAUCUGUAUUUGCAAAAUUCACAUACUUUAAGGUAUAUUAUUAUAUAAUGUACAAAAGAUGCCAACCACCACAUGAGCCUGCAAAAUCUCCGGGGACCUAUGUGUCUUGCUAAUUUGCAACAGAAUAUAUGCAAGUUAAUGUUGCUAGCGUUCAUAUAUUUAAUAGCCUACAUGUAUGUUUUACACAUUGCUAGGUUUGUUAAAAGUGAAGAAAUAAUUGGUUUUUACCUUCAAAUGUGAAUUUGCAAUUUGUUUAUUUCUGAUUAAUUUUCAUCAUACCAAUCCUUUUUUUUCGUCAUCAGGUUUAUCUCAAACAGCUGACUUAGUUAUGUAUUGUGUUACAUUAUUCUCUAUAGGCUAUGGUAAUUACUCUUGACUUUUGUGGCUAUCAAAUAUUGCGCCAAAUGUUUUAUAUCAGUGACACUUUGAGUUUGGUUUUUUUAUUAUGGUCUUGAUAAAAGUAUUGCAGCUGGUUCUGUGAGAAUAAUUUAAACUGGAAAAUGAUCUUUCUGAUAAAGACUGUCUUAUUGCUACAUUUCUACCAAAACACCGGACCAGAUAGCUAGUUAACAUGGCUACAGUGCGUGGAAAUACGGGAAUAUAAAUGAAUGUUGACAUGCUAAGAGGCAGAAUUACUAGCUAACAUGGGCUAAAUAUUUCAGAACUAUGUGAGCUAACUAGCCUGAAAUAAUAUACAGAGUUUGUAGUUAGCAUGUGGAUAAGAUAAUAGCAAAUCAUGGCUAGCAAGCUAACAGUUGCUUAGCUGUGUAAAGUUUCCACACAAGAUACACAAUAUGACUGAACUAUAUUUCACAUACUUUUCUAUCGUGUUUUGUUGAAAUAUUUGAAAUUAUAAAUCAGAUUGGCCCAAAACAUGUUGGUAGACAUCAAUUCAAACCCUACUCCCUACAACCCCUUAACAAAUACAUUCCAUUCCUAUAUGCAGUGGACAAAAACCGCAAUAAAAUUUGGUAAAUAAUUUUUUUUAAUAGACUCAUAGCACUUCAAAAACAUUUUGAGUGAGA